AGUCUGGCAGAACUAGAAGUACUAUGUAACCACCUAUAUGAAGGAACUGAUCUAGCACAGCGAAUGCAAGCUGAGAAGGUAGUCUUGGAGCUUAUUGAUAGCCCAGAAUGUCUUAGCCAAUGCCAACUUCUAUUAGAACAAGGAACGACGUCCUAUGCUCAGCUUUUAGCAGCAACGUGCCUGUCUAAGCUUGUAAGCAGGGCGUCUCCGUUACCUGUUGAACAAAGGAUUGACAUUCGAAAUUACAUUCUGAACUAUGUAGCAUCUCGACCCAAACUGGCUCCUUUUGUCAUCCAAGCUCUUGUUCAAGUCAUUGCUAAAAUUACAAAAUCAGGAUGGUUUGAGGUGCUAAAAGAUCAGCUCAUCUUCAGAGACAUUAUUACUGAUGUAAAAAAAUUUUUGCAGGGCACUGUGGACCAUUAUAUAAUAGGAGUAAUGAUUCUCUCAGAACUGACUCAGGAAAUGAACCUAGUUGAUUAUUCAAGACCUUCAGCAAAACAUCGUAAAAUAGCUACCUCAUUCCGUGACACCUCUCUCAAGGACAUACUGAUGCUUGCGUGCUCUCUUUUGAAGGAGCUCUUGGCAAAACCUUUAACCCUUCAGGACCAACAGCAACAAAGUCUAGCAAUGCAACUUUUGAAGCUUGUACUAAACUGUCUUAAUUUUGAUUUCAUUGGAAAUUCAGCUGACGAAUCUGCAGAUGACCUGUGCACCGUGCAGAUUCCGACAAACUGGAGAACAAUCUUCCUGGAGCCAGAGACCUUGGACCUGUUUUUUGAUUUGUAUCAUUCCCUUCCACCAAUGCUGUCUCAGUUAGCACUUUCUUGUUUAGUUCAGUUUGCUUCUACAAGGAGAUCUUUAUUCAGCAAUCCAGAACGCGCCAAGUAUCUUGGUAAUCUAAUCAAAGGAGUGAAAGCAAUACUUAAAAAUCCGCAGGGUUUAUCUGAUCCGGGUAAUUACCAUGAAUUCUGUCGGUUUUUGGCUCGGCUAAAGACAAACUAUCAACUAGGAGAGCUAGUAAUGGUGAAAGAUUACCCAGAAGUCAUCCAACUUAUAGCAAAUUUUACUAUCACUAGCCUACAGCACUGGGAGUUCGCUCCAAAUAGUGUUCAUUAUUUGCUCACUCUGUGGCAAAGAAUGGUAGCAUCUGUGCCUUUUGUGAAAACGGCAGAACCCCACCUCUUAGAUACAUAUGCACCCGAGAUAACAAAAGCUUAUAUUACUUCUAGACUGCAAAGUGUUCCUGUAGUUAUAAGAGAUGGCUUAGAAGAUCCACUGGAUGAUACAGCUACAGUUUUCCAACAGCUGGAGCAACUGUGCACAGUUAGCAGGUGUGAAUACGAAAAGACCUGUACACUUCUAGUACAGUUGUUUGACCAAAAUGCACAAAACUACCAAAAACUAUUGCACUCUUCUAGUAGGAAUCCAGUACAAAUCACAGUUCAGGAAGGAUGUCUGGCAUGGCUUGUCUAUUUUGUGGGUACUUUUGUGGGAGGACGAUUAACAUACACUAGUACUGAUGAACAUGAUGCCAUGGAUGGAGAAUUAUCCUGUCGAGUUUUUCAGCUGAUAUCUUUGAUGGAUGCCCAGUUACCACAGACUAGUAAUGAAAAAGUAGAACUGGCCAUUCUGUGGUUCUUGGAUCAGUUCCGUAAAACAUACGUGGGAGACCAGCUUCAGCACACCUCAAAG